AUGGCGCACCUUCGCCGCCAAGCCGAGGCGGCGCUGGACCUGCUGAUGUCGCGAGGAUACACGGACCGAGGCACCCUCGUUACGUAUUGGUGUGCCCUGCAGGCGUCUUCUGUGCAACCGGACCAGACUGGACCCCAGCAACAUCAUAUGCCUGGGGUGACUGUCCGGCCUGCGCAGCCCCAUGAGAUGAGGCAGUUUGUGGCCGCAUCCAUUGCGGGAUUUUCGUCGAAUGGGAGGUCGCGCGAGCUGUUAGGGGUACUGGCGGAGAUUGCGACACGACGCCCCGACACCACGUUAUAUGUCGCGCAAGUGGGCGAGGAGAUCGCCCGCACGGCGGCGAUGGCGAGUAUGGAGGGCGCUGUGGACGAAGGUUUGGGGUUCGGCGUGGCGCAUCUCUAUCUGGACAGCACGGUGCCGGCCCACCGGGGAAAAGACAUCCAGACUGCGCUGAUACGGGCGCGGCUGGCAGAGGCCCAGCGCCGGGGGCUGGGGCUGGUGACGAGCAUCACCCGUGUCGGCGACGGGAGUGCGCGUAAUGUAGAGCGGGCGGGGCUGCGGCCGGCAUAUACCAUGAGGAUCCUGACGGGGUCAUCGUGUUUGUGA